UUCGCCGCCUUCAGGUUUUGCAUCUCCGAUCACUUUUCCGGCCACUUUCCCCAUCCGAACACAUACACAUACACUCCAUCUCUAUUUAUCGAUGCAGAUUCUUCAAUCUGAUACGCCUAUUUAUCUCUACUGAUCAACGUCGAACUCUUGAAUCAUCUGCUGAGACACAUUAUGUGCGCAGCAGAUUGAUUGCGACGCCAGCGUUUAUAUAUUUGGUUUUGAAAUUCGGUCUGUUUAUAUUAUUUGGGAAACGGUGAUACUUAUUGUAAAGACGAGGUGCUGGUUUGAAUGUUUUUCGGGUGGAAUAUAUCGAAGAGAUUGAAAUCCGUGAGUUCAAUUUCAUAUUACCUCUCCUGUUAGGAAAAAGGAAUCCAUACACAUUCUUCGUUUAGAUUCUUGAAGCAAUACGCUUGCGAUUUUUUGUCGUAAUAUCCAUCGGUCUGCUAGGGUUUUAGUAAAAUAGUUGAGCAGUGGUUCGUAGAGUCAAAUUCUGAAGGGAUGGCGUCGUACAGACCAUUCCCUCAACCACCACCACCACCUCAAUCAAAUUUUGGCCGGCCACCACCUCCGCUGCCCAAUCACACUACUCUUCCACCUCCACCACUUGCCCCUCCGCCCCAACCAAGAGGAAAUCAGUAUUCUCAGAAUUGGGGCUAUCCCAAUUCGAGUUUUCAACAGGGUAGUUAUGCGCCUCCACCAGGAACCUCUGUUCCCAAUCAACAACAACAACAAUUUGCAUCAUAUCCGCCCCCACCACCACCGGAGUCUUCAUAUCCACCACCACCACCGCCCCCUUCCCAGCCUGCACCACGGGGACAAAUGUAUUUCCCAUCUUCUCAGCAUGCUCAGUUACAUAAUCAGCCUAUACAACCACUGCUGCAACCGCCACCACCACCACCUCCACCUUCCUCUCCUCCGAGUUCUUCAGCGCCCCCGCCUCCUCCCCCACCACUACAACCACCAUCGCCUCCUCCACCUCCUACUACCGUUCCCACAAAAGAUCAAGCCAAGGAAAACAGACACGAAGGUUACAAAAGGCCUUCCAAUGACCCGGAGGCUUCUAAAUGGCGUAAUCCGUCGCAUUCCCAUCAUGCCGGUCCUUCUAGACAGCAUUCUAAGCCAUCCAGUUUACCUCCUGUGCCAGCAAGAAAAUCGAAUGGCGGUCCUCCUGGCAGGGUUGAGACUGAAGAAGAGAGGAGGUUGUUCAAGAAGAGAGAAAUGGAAAAGCAAAGGCAAGAAGAGAAACAUAGGCAGCAGUUGAAGGAGUCUCAGAAUAAAGUCCUCCAAAAGACCCAAAUUUUAUCUUCAGGGAUCAAGCCACAUGGUUCAGUUAGUGGCUCCCAUAUGGGUGAUAGGAGGGCUAACCCAUUUUUGAGUGGUGAAAGGAUUGAAAAUCGAUUGAAGAAGCCGACAACCUUUCUUUGCAAGCUGAAAUUCCGGGAUGAGUUACCGGAUUCGACAUCCCAACCAAAGCUUCUGUCUAUAAGGAGAGACAAAUAUCGAGCUGCUAGGUAUUCCGUCACUUCAUUGGAGAAGGUGCACAAGCCUCAAUUGUAUGUCGAGCCAGACCUUGGGAUACCGCUUGACCUACUUGAUCUCAGUGUAUACAAUGCUCCCAAAGAUGAAAUACUACAUGUUGCUCCUGAAGAUGAGAGGCUGCUGCAGGAGGAUGUCUCUGUGACCCCGAUAAAAAAAGACGGGUUAAAGAGGAAGGAACGCCCUACGGAUAAAGGUGUUUCUUGGCUGGUCAAGACGCAAUAUAUAUCUCCUCUUAGCAUGGAGGCAACAAGACAGUCUUUGACUGAAAAACAAGCAAAAGAUUUACGGGAAAGACGCGGGAACAACAUACUAGAUAACCUCAAUAGUAGGGAAAGGAAAAUUCAGGACAUUCAGGCUUCAUUUGAGGCUUGCAAGUCACAUCCUGUUCAUGCAACUAACAAAAAACUACAGCCUGUUGAGAUUUUGCCAUUAUUUCCUGAUUUUGAACGGUGGGAUGAUCAAUUUGUUGUUGCGACCUUUGAUGGUCCUCCUACCGUAGAUUCAGAAAGCUACAAUAAAAUGGACAAAUCCGUUAGAGAUGCUCAUGAAGCUCAGGCCAUUAUGAAAAGCUUUGUGGCAAGCACCUCGGACUCGGCUAAACCUGACAAAUUUUUGGGUUACAUGGUACCUUCCGUCGGUGAGCUGUCAAAGGAUAUAUCCGAUGAAAGUGAAGAUAUUUCUUACACGUGGGUUCGUGAAUAUCGUUGGGAUGUGCGGGGUGAGGAUGUGGAUGAUCCUACGAGUUUCCUUGUUGCAUUUGAUGAAUCAGAGGCUCGUUACAAUCCACUGCCAACAAAGCUGAUUCUAAGGAAAAAGAGAUCGAGGGAAGGAAAAACAGGCGACGAGGUUGAACAUUUCCCUGUACCUGCAAGUAUCACGGUGAGGCAAAGAUCAAAUGUCUUGGUUAAGAUGAAGGAAUCCGAGGGGGGUUCGAGAGGGAGAAGUUCAAAUGGUAGACGACAUGAUGGGAAUAUGGAGAUGGAAGAUAUGGAUCUUCAAUCCAGUGGUGCUGAAUACGAUAUGUCUGAUUGAUUAUGAUCCAAGGGUAAUUCUGGAAAUAUGCAAAACAAAACAGAAUCAGAUUUGGCAAAAGGACUGGUCUUGAUUGGUUCAAAGCAGCAUCAAAAAGCGGUCUCGAUGCUCCUAAUUAUGCGGUUUUGAUCUUGGAUGAAAGGUGAAGGCUUGAUUCAGGUCAGGUCAGGUCCAGUGAGCACAUCUACAACUGGUGAUGGGAUUGAGGUUUAUUUGGUUACAGAAACUUUUCAUGAAUUUAAUUAUGAAAAGAGGCAUCUUGGUGUAGGUGUGAAGUUUAUCAGUUUAGAGAUUAGUUUAUGCUUUUUUCUAUCCCCUCUUUCAAGGAAUAUCUCUAUCUCUAUUUUAAAGGAGAGUUCAGCAUAUAUUUCUAAAAUAACCGUUGUUAAAGAUGCUCUCAAGUAGCAAACAUAGUGAUAGGUGUGCUAGCAUGAUCGACUUUUUAACCACUUUUUAGUCAUUAAAACUAACCAACUGAUUAAUUGCUUUAAAUGUGAUGUUUGUAACAUUAGUUAGUAGAUAAUUUUAUCAAUUAAUAUCCAUAAAAAUGUCAACCCUCUCUUCUCCAACCUCUAACCCUAAGGGGAAAGGAGGUGAAACUGACUGAAAUUGUUAAAUCUCUCCAAGCCAGUUCGGAGAUUGACCUGAAAAUGUCUCGCUUUCUUAAACGUUUGGUUCCUGAGUUGUAGACAAUAACUGCAGCAAUCGACAAAACAAAGGGGUUGUUUACC